GCCAUGGGGCUGGAUUACUACGCCGUGCUCCAGGUCACUCGCAACUCAGAGGAUGCCCAGAUCAAGAAGGCGUAAGUGGGCGGGGGCUGAGCCUGGCACCUGCUGAGGCAGCCCUACCCUGAUGCCAGCCAAACUGCUUCCCUGCACAGGUACCGGAAACUUGCCCUGAAGAACCAUCCGAUGAAGUCAAGUGAGCCUUCUGCACCAGAGAUAUUCAAGCAAAUAGCAGAAGCCUACGAUGUGCUGAGUGACCCUGUGAAGCGAGGUAUCUAUGACAAGUUUGGUGAGGAAGGCCUGAAGGGUGGGAUUCCCCUGGAGUUUGGAUCCCAGACGCCAUGGACAACAGGCUACGUCUUCCACGGCAACCCUGAAAAAGUGUUCCACGAAUUUUUUGGGGGAGACAACCCCUUCAGUGAAUUUUUUGAUGCAGAAGGAAAUGAGGUAGAUUUGAAUUUUGGGGGCCUUCGGGGCCGAGGAGUCCAGAAACAAGACCCUCCAAUUGAACGUGACCUCUAUUUGUCCCUGGAGGACUUAUUCUUUGGCUGCACCAAAAAAAUUAAGAUCUCCCGAAGGGUGCUAAAUGAAGACAAGUAUUCCUCCACCAUCAAGGACAAAAUCCUGACCAUUGACGUGAGGCCUGGGUGGAGGCAGGGCACACGCAUCACCUUUGAGAAGGAAGGGGACCAGGGCCCCAACAUUAUCCCGGCUGAUAUUAUCUUCAUCGUAAAGGAGAAGCUGCACCCUCGCUUCCGCAGGGAAGUUGACAACCUCUUCUUCGUGUACCCCAUUCCUUUGGGCAAGGCCCUCACCUGCUGCACUGUGGAGGUGAAGACCCUUGACGACCGUCUGCUCAACAUUCCCAUCAACGACAUCGUCCACCCUAAGUACUUCAAGAUGGUGCCAGGCGAGGGGAUGCCACUGCCCGAGGACCCCGCCAGGAAGGGGGACCUCUUCAUCUUCUUUGAUAUCCAGUUCCCCACCCGCCUCACACCCCAGAAGAAGCAGAUGCUCCGCCAGGCAUUGCUGACCUAA